CUUUUUCUGUCCACGUGGUAUGUGGACAGCCCCAUACAGAAAAGAUUUCAUUUCCUUUGAAUAUGGAUCUGAAUAUAUUUUCAAACAAUAUUUAUUUAACUUGUGCACGUAGACAUUCUCUGUGCUUCCCCCUCAUCGUGGACACGCCAGGAUAUUCCCCUAAAGUCGUACCUUCACUAUCAACAAUAACACAAAAUUUUAAUUGUCAAAAAUGAAUCAUCGAAGCCAGCUUGUUUCCCUCAGCCGAUUGUGUUCAGGACUGUUUAUGUUGUGAACUGAAGUAACCUUCUGCACUAAUUACCUAUUUUGUUUCCUUUAAAUUUGGUGAAAUUUAAGCUGUUGCGUACGGUUCGAUGCUAUCAUUAUGAAGCGUUCUUCCGUAGUGACAAGUUGUCGUCUCUGUUUGGAGGAUUUUCUGCCUUUGCAGGAAGAAUCCAACAUUCGUGCACUUAAGGAUAAAAUUCAGACGGUAUUUUCGUUUGAGAUUAUUUCUCACAAACAACUAUCCACCGACAUUUGUCCGAACUGUGUAAGGCUUGUGGGUCAAUUCUACGAAUACACAAACAAAGUUGGGAAGAUCCAACAGCAACUGUAUCAGCUGAUCGAGAGUGAAAGCGAAAGUGAGAAUGAGGAUAUGUUGAUUAAAGUAGCAAACCAAUUGCAUAACAUGAAUGACGACUCUAAAGAAUGUAAUAUCGAAUGCCCCAAGAUUAUCACCGGAGAUCCUAAUGAGCCGAAUACGAGAAGAGCAGCGACAAAACCGAGAGAGGCGGUUGCAAAGUUUGAAAAGAAUCUCAUCAGUCGCUAUUUGGACAUGGUUUGUGAUAUUUGCAAAGAAGAUCAGUACACGUAUCAAAAGUUGGAGUGUCACUUCAGGAAAUAUCAUGCAAAGCGUUGUUACAUCACAUGUUGUGGACAGAAGCUGACUAGUGAUGCAUUAAUUUCGUCACAUUUGGAGAAACAUAUGGCAAUUGUGCGGACGAAAGAAUCUGCAGAGACUACCUCUUGGGAUCGAAGAGUUCUUAUUGCCUUUGGAAAUAUAUUGGAGGACUUCAAGAAAGAUUUGGAAGGAUAUGAACCGCUUCCGAAUAUUGAGUUGGCCCUGAAGGGUGAUGCGAAAGAGCAGCAGAAAUUGUAUAACGUCCAAGACUAUUUGGUGCAGACAUACUUCGUUCUUGACUGCGAGUUUUGCGGUAUGAGAAUGAGCAAUCAGGAUGAUCGCCGUAAACAUUUUCGCACCGAACAUCCGAAGGAAAAAUAUUUUGUGUCAUGCUGUGGACAACGUUUUUCACCGCGCAUUAGUAUAAUGCGACAUUUGAAUCGCCACUGGAAGCUUGUCGCUAAUGGACAUGUUACAUCGCCAUCUGCUAGAACCUUAAAGUUCCAACCGGAUGAUGAGCCAAUGCCAAACAAGACGAUUUGGCAACGGCAGCUGCAAUCCACCUAUGGUCCAUUGAUGCAUGAAUUUCGCGAUGAGCUAAUCGAAGGUGGCUUUAUUCCUCCUGCUGAGUUACCACAAAGUAAAACGGACGAACAGCUGCAGUUACUUCGUCACAUGCAGGACUUUUUAAUUGCUAAGCAUAGCCCUCUAAACUGUGAACUGUGCGGAAUGGAAAUUAGCACUUACGCGGGACGCCGUGAGCAUUUCCGAAUAGGGCAUCCGAAAGAAAAAGUAUAUGUUGAAUGUUGCGGUAGAAAGAUCUUCACAAGACAUAACAUAAUUCUCCAUUUGCUGCGGCACAGGAAGGGGCUCCCCAUAAACGAAUUCAGCUCGAUUCACUGCAUUCCGGGAAGUAUGUACGAAAAACAAGAGAGAGAUGAUGCCAUCAUUGAAGGGUUCAUCCCGAUGGAUUGUGAGAUGUGCGAGUACACAGGAACAUCAUAUAUAAGCUUGAGGGCACACUUUCAAAACAAUCAUCGAGAAGAGGGAUUCUUCAUUACGUGCUGUAACCGACGAUUUAAAACAAAAUUUCACAUUCUCGAACACAUCGCCGCUCACCGGAAACCGGGAGCCCUGAAAUGCGAACAUUGUGAGGCAACGUUCACAACGGAGCGGAUGCGUAAGGCUCAUUACACUCGCAAGCAUGUCAGUGAGGAGGAAAAGUUCUUUCGAUGCGAACAUUGCGUUGAGUCGUUCGCUACGAAGAACCUUUUGACGCUUCAUUUGUACAAACACGAGCUCAUAAUGUGUGAUAUCUGCGGGGCGGAACUGAAGCGCUGUUCGCUGCGAGUGCACAAGCAAAACACCCACAAAUUGGGAGAGGACAUUGUGUGUCACAUGUGCGCCAAAGUGUUCCACUCUAAGCAGAAGUUCAAUGCCCAUUACCGUAAGGCUCAUUUGGGAAUUCGGAAGAAAUGUAAGGCAAAAUCGAGGGCAAAGAAAAGAUCGACAGAUGUGCCUGAAGAUUCGUUGGCUACACAAUAUGUGACGGCACAUGAACCAUCAAUUGAGCCACAUCUUCAAAGAGCUAAGUUCGAAUAACUUUGAAAGGAUGUCGACCAUACGAUUUCGAAUUCGUCCAAUCUGCAUGACCUUAAUGUAUGCGAGAUCUAAUGGUUAGAAACAUUAUUUUGACUAAAGAGUAAUUAAGCGUAGGUUCUUUGACUUUUUUGGAUAAAUUGUAUCAGAACAGUUGAUUCUUGUAAAACAAUUCUCUUGUAACUUUUGAAAAUUAUCCAUCUGCUUUGAAGGAUUCCCUUCAUCAACAUUCUUUCUCGUCAAUGACUCAACGAUUAAAGCACUUCCUUAUGUGUUCGACGAUCAGGAAAGUAUGAGGGAUCCUCGUUUAUCGAUCUAUGCGGCAAAACUGAUGCAAAAUCUGUCUGCAUUAUGCACAAAAAACCUUGGUAAACAUGAAAAUGGGUCGUAAACUAUAUAUGAUACAGCUAGGGUACCAAUUACUUUACAUUUAACUCCGAUUAGGGUGGUUCUAUGCAGAACAAAAAAUUCAGAAUCAUUUUUUUUAUUUUUUAUUUUGAGCCAAAUUGAAGGCUUCAAAAAUACAAAUAACCCGAAUUUUUUCCCACGAUUUCAGUACUUAUUUAUACAAAAAUAUCCAAAUAAUUUAAUCGUUUGUUUUUCAAACAGAACGAAUUUAUAUACGUUGUUAAAUUACGGUUAACGCUACAUCCGCUUCUUCGAAUUUUUAUCCACACAUUUCAUCUUCAAUUCGCGUAAAGCCAGGUGCAUCGCCGGCGAGCUGAAUGAAGUACAAUGAGUACAAUGAAUUAUUGAAAACUCUUCAAAUCACACAUGCUCGGAUUACAAAAUGAUAAUCACGCUAUUGAUCGAAUGGGCAUGCUGUUGCAGACGUUACUGGAAUCAUGGUAGGCGACUGCAGAACCACGCGAGAAAUUGUGAUUCGAAAGGAGAAACAAUAAUCCGGAGAAAGAAAUUUUUUGACGAAAAAUUUCCCGGUCGUUCUGAACAGACAAGACGGAUAUUGCAUGAACAUUAACACGUUGAGUCCCGGAUUGCUGUUUGCUACGCUUUUCAUUCAGCCUGCAUCAAGAACGUUUUUAUAAUAUCAGUGUCGGUCCCAGCUCCCAAAAAUAUUUAUUUUAUAAAUAGAAAAUUGUCAGAAAGUCGACUAAAUAGUAGUCACAUUUUGUAAAACAUCCGAAAACAAACCAUAUAUAUUUUUAUUUUCUUAUUUUGGAACUGUCAGUCCCAGUCAACCUGGGAUUUCCUACCGAAAAGCUCAACGUCGGCCUGUAGGGGAUACUACCCCCCCCCCCCCCCCGCAAAGAGCCAUCAUAACCAUCAUAGAAUCAUUUAUUGUACCUCCACAUGCCAAAUUUCGUUUCAUUUGCUAGAUUAAUUCUCGAGUAAUGCAGAAAUUUGUGUUUCAUUUGUAUGGCAGCCCCCCUUAGAGAAAGGGGUGGAGUGUCUUACCACCAUAGAAACAUUUACUGCACCCUAGAAACUCCAAAUUCCAAAUUUCCUCUCAUUUGCUUGAUUAAUUCUCGAGUAAUGUAGAAAUUUGUGUUUCAUUUGUAUGGCAGCCUCCCUUAGAGAGGGGGAGGGGUCUCGAAGUAUCAUAAGAACCUUCCCCGACCCCAAAAACCUCUACAUACCAAUUUUUAUGUCGAUCAGUUCAGUAGUUUCCGAGUCCAUAAGAAUCAGACAGAUAGAAAUCCAUUUUUAUAUAUAUACAUAAUGCAUAAGAUCAUAACAGGACUGUUCCUAUUUGAUUUUAGUCCUUUUUGUCACCGGAUUGAAUUGAUUCAUAUAAUCACUGUUGGAAUUAUCCAUAAACAUUGUUAGUUCAUCCUACUGUUCCUACUCGUAAGGUACCACUCGAAAUGAAAUGAACUGUAAUUCAAAUAUUCUAAGCCAGUGUGAGAGGGAAUUAGAAUAACGAGAAAUGACCGAUAGCCGACGGUCGCUAUAAAAGCAACAAACUCUGUGAAGCUUAUUCUCUUUCCAUAAAUAUACGUUCGAUAU